AUGGCGUGCCCUGUGGAGCUGUCCUGUUUUUCAACGACUCAGCAGCCGACGCCGAAGAAAAUGUCGUUCUUCGAGGGAGUUGCGGUUGCCCCACCUAUUGAGGUGUUCUUCAUGAACAAAAUGUACAUGGAUGAGACAGAUCCCAACAAAGUGAACCUCACCGUUGGAGGUUGGUUAUCUCGAAAACUUCGAAAUUCGGUUGUAUUUGCCUUCAGCAGUUCUUGCUAA